AGGCAGCUGAGGCGCAGCGGCUGAACAGCGCAGCGGUGCUGCUGAGUCCCCCCGCUCCGGUACUCUCUCUGUUUCACACGCGUCUGUCUAUCGGUAGACGGUUUUACGUUUUUUUCCUAUCGUUUGGUCGCAGCUUCUCUUGUUUAAAUCCUCUGGAACGCUGAAUGAAAGCUGGACAGGACGAGCGGCUGAGCUUUACUGAGGAACAGGAGGAGAACCUGCGCGUCUGUAGCCUCUUCUCACCUUCACACCACACUCCAGUCCAGGCCGCACUGCUUCGCUCAGGUGUGCUGCCGCCGGGGUCGUUUCUGUGGAAACCUGUGACAUAGCGACGGCGCUGUGAAGAAAAGGCAGAGAGCUGUAGGAAGGCCCUGACAUCCCAAGACACCAAAAAUGCCUGUUGCAUCAGCCAGCUCUGACUCAGCGAUGCACAGCGUGCUGGACACCCUGAGUGACAGCACCAGCUCAACCACCGCCAAUGACCUGGACCUCAUCUUCCUGAAGGGCAUCAUGGAGAGCCCAGUGGCUCAUGAGCGGUUUGAGGAGCCAAAGCUGGAGGCGGUGAGGGACAACAAUGUGGAGCUGGUGCAGGACAUCCUGAAAGACCUCACACCCCUCACCCAACAGAGCCAGACUGCACAGGAACUGGCGUGCAUACUCAGAGAGCCACACUUCCAGUCACUACUGGAAACACAUGAUUCUGUGGCCUCUAAAAGCUAUGAGACUCCACCCCCCAGUCCAUGUGCCUUCAUGGACCCCGCCUUCAACAACCAGCCCGUUCCCCCCGAUGCGGUCAGGAUGGUCGGCAUUCGCAAAGUCUCUGGAGAACACUUGGGUGUCACAUUCCGUGUAGAAGGGGGUGAGCUGGUAAUUGCGAGGAUUCUGCACGGAGGAAUGAUCGACCAGCAGGGCCUCCUGCAUGUGGGUGAUGUCAUCAAGGAGGUGAACGGAAAAGAAGUGGGAAAUGACCCCAAAGUGCUGCAGGACAUGCUGAAGGAGGCCAGCGGCAGCGUGGUGCUCAAAAUCCUCCCCAGCUACCAGGAACCACACACACCCCGGCAGGCCUUUGUGAAGUGCCACUUUGACUAUGACCCAGCUCAUGAUAACUUGAUCCCCUGUAAAGAGGCCGGUCUCCGGUUCAGCAGUGGAGACAUCCUGCAGAUCUUUAACCAGGAGGACCCCAACUGGUGGCAGGCGUGUCAUCUAGAGGGCGGCAGUGCAGGUCUGAUCCCCAGCCAGCUGCUGGAGGAGAAGAGGAAGGCCUUUGUGAAGAGAGAUCUGGAGCUCAGCACUGCAGGACCUCUGUGUGCAGGCAUGGGGGGGAAGAAGAAGAAGAAAAUGAUGUACCUGACCACCAAAAAUGCAGAGUUUGACAGGCAUGAGCUUCGGAUCUACGAAGAAGUGGCCAAGGUUCCACCAUUCCGGAGAAAGACUCUGGUGCUGAUUGGAGCUCAGGGAGUGGGACGUCGCAGCCUGAAGAACAAACUGCUUGUGUCAGAACCGCACCGCUAUGGCACCACCACACCCUACACGUCUCGCAAACCAAAAGUGGACGAGAAGGAAGGGCAGAUGUAUCUUUUUAUGUCAAGAAGUGAAAUGGAGGCAGACAUUAAAAACGGUCGUUUUCUGGAACAUGGAGAGUAUGAUGGCAACCUGUACGGCACCAAGAUCAACUCCAUCCAUGAGGUUGUGGACUCGGGAAAGAUCUGCAUUCUGGACGUCAACCCACAGGCCCUCAAAGUCUUGCGGACAUCAGAGUUUCUCCCGUAUGUUGUGUUCAUUGAAGCUCCGGACUUUGAAGUACUGAAAGACAUGAACAGAUCUGCCAUUGAGGCUGGAGUCAUCACCAAAAACCUGACGGAUUCAGAGCUGAAGCGGACGGUGGAUGAGAGUGAGCGGAUCCAGCGGGCGUAUGGUCACUAUUUUGACCUAACCAUUGUUAAUGAUAACCUGGACGGAGCAUAUCGCAGCCUGAAGGGGGCACUAGAGAGACUGAGCACAAAUCAGCAGUGGGUGCCAGUGAGCUGGGUUUUCUGAAGGUUUCAGAUUAUAGACUAAAGAUCAGAGACUUUCUCCAGACAGGAAGCAGUCAGUCGGUCCUUCAUACAGAUGAGGUUUAAGAAAACAGGUGUUUGGUAGGACGACAGGCUAUCAUUACAGCUCUCAUUAGGAACUUUCAGCAGAAAGUAGUUCCAUGAGCUCCAGUCAUCGCGAUCGAAGCAAUUCGCCUCACGUAGCUUAUUGCACAAAGACUGCUGAGGUGUUACUACAAAAGAAUAUUUAUUAUUUUGUACAGAAAAGAACAAAUGGAGAUAUACUUGUGUUCGUUUGAAGGUGUGGUAGAUUUGAGAGUGAAUAAUACUGUACAUGUGGGUAGUCGACACUGUAUAUUUGUACAGAUGCUGUGAUCUACUGUUUUAGAGCUUGUGGCUUUUGUUUUAUCGACAGUUGUUUGCAGUUUUGAGAUAAAGGAGAUGGAAUAUCAGAUGAGUAAUGCUAUUGUUGUGAUUUCAGAUUUUACUUCAUGAUGACUGUAAAUAACUAGAGAUUAUCUAACAUUUACAAAGAAACGAUACUUACGUCGUUCAAGAUCGUAAUUGCAAUCGUAAUUGUUUUCAGAAUUUGAUGCCUAAACCAAAUGGAAACAACUAAAUAUACAGGGUGUCUUAAAAUAAGGAAACAUCUAUUCUAAAAAAUAGUUUGGUAGCUGAUGAUUCAAAUUUAGACACAAGCUGAGAUAGAAAGGGGAAGCUUGUUAUGUCAUCUUCAAAGAUGCCAUCCUGGAUUAGGGCUGCAACUAAGGAUAAUUUUCUUGUUGACUAAUCUAUGGAUAAAUUUUAGUCAUUACUUAGUCGAGGAGUCAACAAUUUUUGCUGCCAUGCUCUCAAUCUCAGCUUCCUGUGGACAAUGCUCUUGUUCUAAUGCAUGGUUUACCUUACCUGUUUAAAUAAUAAUUAGAAAUUUUAAAUAAUUACCUAGGAAACAUGAAGAGGAAACGUGAUAGCUUAAUCAAAAGCAUGUGUUACAUCAAAUUACCUAAACAUUACAACUAAAGUGCACAAACAAAACUGUAAUUAACAAAAAGACUUUCUUUUGAAGUGCUGGAUGUUAAUCUACACAGAUUUCUCUCAUAAAAACUGUUUAUUUGGGUGAGUAAAGCACUUUCGUUAUUUACAGUAAGCUUAGAUUCCUGAAUUUCUCCAGCACUGAGGCUGGAGCAUUAGCAUUAGCGGCUAACCACUCCAUCACAGCUAGCAGGGGUAAGAAGCAAGCUACAGGGUGAUAAUACGGUACGCCUGGUUAAUGGCUAAUGCUAAUGCUACUCCAGCAGUGCUAGCCAGGGUUAGCAGCAGGCUACACUCUGGAAAUACUCAUUUUCAAAUGGGGAAAUAGCAGUUAGCGGCUAAUGCUACUCCAGCCCCAGUGCUAAACUAAACUGAAACUCCUGUAUAAAGCUGGACUUCAGUGGAGUUACUUUACUGCUCCUUACAACCUGACUGAUAAAAAUCAUGCAUAAAAUGCACUGGAUUAUAAGGUGCACUGACGAGUUUUGGGAUAAUUUUAAGUGCGAAAAAUACUGAAAUAAAUUGACACUUAAAAUUAGUUACUAAUCACUGCAGCCCUAACUUGGACUCAACUUCAGUUUUCCAAAUGUGUGUAACGUAUCGCAAUUUCACUAAAAAAAGAUUAAUUGGACAACAUUUUGUGGGGGCAUUUGUGUGUACCAGUCCUUAUCUUGUAAAUAAAGUAGUACCCACAUGAUUUUCAAACAUUUAAGAUGGCCGCCAUGUUGGUGUCUUGACUGAACAAAUUUUCCCCUUUAGAAAAACUGAAUCACCACUUAUAGAAAACCACUUAUGGGCGUCUUCUUAAUUUAAAGACACACUGUACCUUUUUUUUAGGAUUGUUUUGGAAAUGUAGGCGAGUCACAAUUCUAAAACAAUUCCUGAGUCUAAUAAACUUAAAUACUAUGACAUAGCUCUUUGUUAAUUUAUUUGCUUUUUGAUAUUGGAAUCUACUGCUGGUUCUGUAUCCCUGAUGUGUUUCUCAAUCAGUUCAAAUACAAGUAAAAAUGACAUCCUCACUGUUAGUAUAUGUUUUUUUUUUCUUAAAUGUUUCUAAAAUUGUGUUGAUUGCUACCAUUUUACUCAGGACUAAAUGUUUGGAUUAUCAAUUAAAUCACUACCUGGCCAGUUUAACUAAUUACAGGGUUCGUACGGUCAUGAAAAACCUGGAAAGGUCAUAAAAUUUUAACAUAGCAAUUUCUAGACCUUGAUAAGUUUUGGAAAAAUAGAAAUACCCAGAAAGUUUAGAACAAGUCAAACAUUUGCUCUACAAAUCUUCGUUUCCAUUUAGAGUGUCAAUUUAUCAACGAAGAAAGUUUAUUUUGAGCUAACAAAUACACCAGCUGAGUUAGUUUAGUAACUUUAUUAUUAAAUAUUCAGCAUUGUCAGCAUUGCUUAGCAAAAUUUUGUCAAAUUAAUUUUAGGCCUACUCAAGAGUAAUCAAUUUUGUGUAUAGUUUUAGUUCACUUUUGGUUUUACUGACCAUGACUGCACUGAUGUUUUUAAAAUCGUAUGGUCGUUAAAAUUUGCCUUAAAGUCGUGGAAAAGUCAUGGAAGUAUACUGGUUAAAAAGUGUAUGAACCCUGUAAUUAACUAAUAAUUCUGCAAUAUUUAUUAUUACAUUAGUUUUGAAAAACUGCUCCAAACAUCCAAACAAGUUUCUGGAACACUAUCAGUAAAGCUGUUAGGGUUGCUGCUGGCAGGAGCAUGCUGCUGACAGUGGGAGCAAACCAUUGACUGGAUGCCAGUGGCGGACUCAGGCUGCUUGAAGGGCAGGGGUGAUAAAAGGGCACCUACUGAAAAUGGAUGCAAGGACGCAAUGGAUACAAGUUUAAAGGAGAAAUCUGGUGUGAAAUGGACUUGUAGUGGCGUGUAGUGAAACAUAGUACAAUGUACAAAGUAUACAUUUUGCCCAAAAGCUUACCUCCGCUCAACCCCUCAUUAUUCCGAAACACGGUGCUUUUAUCCGAUGCUAAAAGCAGUAGGGGCAUAGCAUUACUCAUACAAAUCUCUAUUUUUACAUCAUUAACAAGCUCAAAUUAGCUCCAAACUUCAUUGGUAGAACUCUGAGGCAUUUAAAUUGAGGCACUGAGAACUUUGACACUGUUUAAUAGACACAGUACAUUGACAUAGUUCUCUGGGUGCUGCCAUCUUGAAAAUAAGUCGACUGACGAGCACAAACAAAUAGGUAGGAUAGGCAACAUACUGCCGGAUGAAUUCUGUAGAAAUGCAUGAAUAUCAGAGAUAUUUUCAGCAACAGCUGGAAUUCAUGCAUUUUGCACAAAAUUGAUUUUUGUUUUUGUUUGAGAAUACUCUAGAUACUGUGUAUAAAGCGUUUUUAAUAAACUACCUGUGCACUUUCAAAGUUCUCAGUACCUCAUUUUAAAUGUAAGGGCCCUCAGAAUUCUAUCAAUAAAGUGUGGAGCUACUUUGAGCUUGCUAAUGAUGCAUUAGCAUCAUUGCAUGGGUAACACUAUGCCCCCAUCUCUAGCAUUGGUUAAAAGCUAUGUAUAUUAGAAUGCUAGGGUUAAAUAGAGGUGGGCUAUUCAACAAAAGUUUGUACAAUGGGUGGGCAAUAUGGUCCUAAAAUAAUAUCACAUUUCAUGAUAUUUCUGUGAUAACGAUACUCUUGGUAUGACAAAACACAAAAUAAAAAAUGUAAUAACAUUAAAUGUAAUUAUUGCAUACGAUACGAUAUGGCACACCCCUAACUGCGAUUAAAAAAAUACAAGAAUUUUGUCAGAUUUGUAACAGAAGUCAAUGCUGCAGAAUGUCAUGAUACUAAUAAUGCACUUCAAAUAUCUCCAUAUAUCCAGGAUUAAAGGAAAAUAAAUGAUACUGGACAGAUAUAAUUUGUCUCUAGUAAAUAUAUAAUGGGAAAUGAGAACAGUGUACAUUUUUGCUAAAAUCAGCAAAAAAGUAGCACCCUGGUGUAAUAAUUAGGGGUGGGUGAUAUGGCACAAUAUUUCAGAGUAUUAUAUCGUUUACAAUAAUCAAAUAUGUUGCCAAUAUAAUUGCGUACAAUACAAUAAGGCACACCCCUAGUUUGCACUCAUCAUCAUGUUUCACUGCACCCAAGUCACACCACAAGAAUAAUCAACAGACUAGUAGGGGUGGGUGAUAUGGCCUCUAAAACAUACAAUAAAUGUAAUUUUUUUUAGUAUAACAUUUUCUUAACAGCAGUUAUUUACCUAUACAUUGAAAAUGUGACAUUACUAUACUGAAUGUCUUUCAUAUGCAAAAUGAUAAACUGCUGCCGUAACCUGUGGGUCCAUCAUAUUUAAUCUAGGCCCAAUUCUGGCCAGAAUGCUUGGCUCAUAUCUGGGCCAAGUGCAGCAUGUGCCAACACCACGCCCAGUCUAAAACAAUUACUUUCUUUGGCAUGUAUUUUAGAAUAUCUGGUCAGUUCAUAUUAAAUGGAUUUUGGUUGUAUCGUUACCCUGUAAAGUACUGUAAUAAAUGAUUGCAUUUACCAAA